AUGGCCGAACUUGAUGUGGCGCACUCAGCGUAUAAUCAAGCCUUGUUUGAAACAGAGGCCGUUUCCGAAGAGGAGGCGACAAAGGAGUUAGAGUCGGACAGCAAUUACAAGACAAGUUUCUUCAAGGCUAAGUUGAACAUUUCGGAUUUGACAUCAGCCGUAGCCCCGCCGCAGAUUACGGCAACGGGUUUUUCCAUGAACGUUGGCAAAUCUCUCAAGCUUCCAAGAAUUGAACUGCCGAAGUUUCAAGGCACCAUAAAGGAGUGGCUUCCAUUUUGGAGCCAGUUUAAGAAGAUACACGAAGAUGCGGCACUAAGCAAGGAAGAUAAGUUCCAGUAUCUUAUUCAAGCAACUGUUCAGGGUUCAAGAGCAAAUGAAAUAGUGAGCAGUUUUCCACCUACGGCUGGAAAUUACGAUGCAGUUAUCACGUGCCUGAAAAAUCGCUUCGGUCGCGAUGAAGUGGUAGUGGAGUUCUAUGUACGUGAACUGUUAGGAUUAGUGCUACAAAACGUAUUAAAAGGCAAUCAAAGACAACCUCUUUCAAGCCUCUACGACAAAGUUGAAUCGAACAUUCGUGCACUUAAUGUACUUGGUGUCGACGGACAAAUGUGCGGCAAUGCUGUACCCGUAGAGUCAUCAUUGCCCGAGGAAGUAUUACGUGCGUGGCAACGCAGUGGUCAACACAACACAGCGGACAUGACGACGACGGAUGCAGAUGGGGAGCCAACCAAGGAUCGCCUCACGCUAUUACUAGGAUUCCUACAACGCGAGGUUGAAAAUGAGGAGCGCAUCGGGAUGGCACUGACAGGAUUCAGCUUACCACUGGAGCAAGACAAGAAUAAGAAGUCGAGAG